GGCUGCCGAAGCGAGCGAGCCGAGGGAGGCUGGCCAUGACCCAGGCAGCCUUUGCCAGCUUGGUCACCAAGGAUCUGUGCGCGGCCGGGGGCAGCCUGGAGCUGGGCGAGCUGAGUCGGCGGCUCCCGGGCGGCAUUAGCGAGGAUGCGCUGGAGAAGACGGUGCGCAAACUGGCCCCGGGGCGCUUCGUGCUGGGGACGCGCGGGGGGAGCUGCGAAGGGAAAGCCCAGGGCGGCGGCGGAGGGAGCGGCAGCAGCCCGGAGAAGCGGGUGCUGGUGGCCACCAGCGGCGCGAGGCUGUGCCAGGAGUACUCGAACACUUGCGACGGCUUUUGCGGGCAGCUGCACCUCUGCAAAUUUUUCCUCUAUGGAAACUGCAAAUUCUCGAAGAUCGGGAAACAAUGUAAAUAUAGCCACAGCAUUGAUUCUGUACACAACACGAAUGUCUUGAAAAGCCAUGGAAUUGAACACCUCAGUUUGAACGAAUUAAGUCAGCUUUUGCUUCAGAAUGAUUCUUCGCUGUUACCAGAGAUCUGCGUGCACUAUAAUAAAGGAGAUGGGGAACAUGGUUCUUGUACCUUUAAAAAUACUUGUGCCAAACUCCACUUGUGCCAGUAUUACUUGCAGGGAAACUGCAAGUUUGGCAGCAGCUGCAAACGGUCCCAUGUCUUUAAUUCCACAUGUCAGGAGAAGUUGGGAAAGUGGGGGCUUAGUGCUGCCAUCAUUAAAAGGUUGCCUUUCACUUAUAGAAAUGCUUUUGACAUCAAAAAUGAAAGCUCAGCAACACCUGAAAAAGAAAGAAGAUGUAGUAGUGACUCUGUACCCGCUGCCCCUAAAAGCAAUGACGAGAAUGAUCAGAUCUGCUUGUACCACAUUAGGAAGGCUUGUAGCUUUAAAGAUAAGUGUUUUAAGGUCCAUUUUCAUUUGCCGUAUAGAUGGCAGCUCCUUGAUGGGAAGACGUGGAAGGAUUUGGAAGAAAUGGAAAAGAUUGAAAAGGCAUACUGUGACCCCAGUAAAAGCCAGUUUCUUACGAAGGUUGCCUGGAGCCCGGGGAUUGCCUCCAUCAACUUUGAUAACAUGACUUGUGCCCAUUACAAAGCUCAACGUCUCUCCACGGCCUCUUCUGUUGUCAAGCCUCCACACUUCAUCCUCACGACUGAGUGGCUUUGGUAUUGGAAAAAUGAUGGUGGUUUGUGGCAGGAGUAUGGCCUAAAGGGUGCCGAACGCCAUGCAGCUGAUGUUAGCAGCAGUGACGUGGAGAAGGCCUACUUGAGGCAGGAGUCACCUGUCUUCCAGUUCUCAGUUGGAAAGCACAACUAUGAGUUGAAUUUCAAAGCCAUGACUCAGAAAAGCUUACACUAUGGCACUGUCAGAAACGUUUGUCGGAGACCGAAAUAUGUGUCUCCUGAGGAUGUGAAGACGAAGCAGACUCGUGGUGACAAAUCAGAGGCCCCAAGGGAUGUUCCACCUCAUUGGGAUAUGUCUGCAUUGCCGGACCUGGGAUUUAAGCUAAUCCAACUUUCUCCCUCCUCUGGAGAGUAUCUGAAGGUCCAAGAGCAGUUUUGUCGUACAAUGCGUAACUACGUCAUUCGUAAGAUCGAGAGAAUCCAGAACCCCACACUCUGGGAAGUGUAUCAGUGGCAGAAAGCACAGAUGAAGAAGAGUAAUGGAGGGCAGGAAGUGGAUGAGAGGUUUCUGUUUCACGGCACCAGUCCCGAGUAUGUUGAUGCCAUCUGCCAUCAAAAUUUUGACUGGAGGAUCUCUGGUCUUCAUGGUACUAGCUAUGGCAAAGGGAGCUACUUCGCCCGAGAUGCUGCUUAUUCCCACCACUAUAGCAAAUCUUCCCUGCAAUUGCAGCCCAUGUUCUUGGCCCGGGUUUUGGUGGGAGAGUUUACCAGGGGCAGUUCCUCCUAUCUGCGACCUCCUCCCAAAGAAGGUCAGAAAAACGUCUUCUACAACAGCUGUGUGAACAGUAUGAGCGAUCCUUCCAUCUUUGUGGUCUUUGAGAAGCACCAGAUCUACCCGGAAUAUCUCAUUUGGUACUGAACCUCCCAUGGAAAGCUUGAUCUACCUGACUCUACUUUCUCAAAAUCAGUUAGUACUAAAAUGAAGGUUUGGGGAUAUGUACAUUUCUCUGCUUCUUUUGGCUUCUUCUUUCUUAAAGUGGAGAAGAGCCUAUGUAUUGUUUUUGAAAAACAUUUUUAAAAAGUUUCAAUGUCCUACUUUGCACUAAUUUUGUUAUACAGGUAUAUAUCACUGACUUUUUGCUAAAGGAGAAUUUUCUCUCAUAGAUCUCCCAUAGAUUAUUUACUUCUUCUUACUAUACUAUAACAUCAACAACAGAGUAACUGAUGAGUAUGUGGUGAUAGCCAAGUCUAUUUUUUUCCUUUUUAACUGUGUCAUGCUUUUAUUUGUCUUAGUCAAGUAUUCUGAUGUCUGGGUACUUUACUGGCAAGAGCAGAAUUGCACUAAUUCUUUAAAAAAAUCUUUUAUUGAGAUCUUGUAUUUUUAUAUUACCUUCAUUUCUGAAUCUAUCCCUUCCCUGCCUCACCAGCUGUGCCUUGUGACAUUAACUAAAAAAGAGGAACUCAGCAAUGUUAAACAGUAUAUCAGCUUAGAUUGGCAAUAUAUGCGGUGUUCCUUACGUGUAGUCCCCUACCUCUUCAAAGAAAGGCAGUGCUUAAGGGCUAGUUUUAGUUUGGGAAUAUAUUUAUGACCCAACAUUUAGCCCUUUAACAUCUGCCACUAUUUGCACUUGCCUUCUCUCUCUGCCUGUUCUUUAAAUCAUGGCUGGUAGCAACUGGAAAUGUUAUCUGCCAAAAUUUGAUCGCUGGUAGGCAAAUGCAAAAAUACUUUUGUGUUCUACUGUAUCGACUUGAGGCAGAAGCCCAUAAAUGAUUCUUCCAUUACUGGGGUUAUCAAUUAGGAUUUUACAAAAUUAAUUGCCAUUCUGUGGUGUAGACUAACCAUUUAUACCCGUUGGCUCCCAACUUAGCCACUUUACCUUUAGUCAGUAGUAUGAAAUGUCAUUCAUGCUGGUUAGGAGCAAGUCAUACUGUUGAGUGUGAGUUUUAUAUCUGCGUGAACUUAUGUGAAUGUAUGUCACGAAUGAGUAUGAAAAUAAAAGGAAAUUUUUCUCCAAAUGGA